GAUUAGCUGUCGUGAUUUGCUGUUGUUACACUUGUGGGCUAACGUUAUGAAGGUCUCUUUGACCCUCGUCACAGCGCUUGCCCUGCUGGCGACUACGUGUCAUUCACGACCCAGUGACGAGGAGUACUGCCCAGAGAGCUGCCCCCCGCUGAUUCUUCACGUCUGCAGGCAGCACGUGUUUAGCCGCAAGUACUACAAGUUCAGCCACCCGUGUCGUUUGAGGCAGUGCGAGUGCAAGAAUGACACACCUUUCUAUUCGGUGGACCUUCACCACUGCAACGGCCUUUCGCUAGACUACUGUCCACCACGCAACGACUGGGACACAGUGAGCUCCGAGAGCUCCGAGUGACACAAGAAGAGAACAAUAAGCCAACAAUCGACUGUCUACUGCCUUUUCGUUUCACAGACAAUGUCUCGACUAACUAAGCGGACUUGUAUAGUUAAUUUCUAAGAAAAGUUAGUAAAAUGUUAAGUACACUUGACUGAAAUCUCACUGUUCUCAGUCUUUAUUCUUUAUAGAACAAAUAUUUACAAGAGUGGAGGAUAAUUCACUCUCUGAGGUACAGCAUUCAGAAUUAGCAUACAUGUUGAAUGACCGUGCCAUCCGACGAAGAGUGUGUUCGACUCUAAGACUUGAGAUGACAGCAGAUGUCUUAUGUAUAUGAUUUGUCUGUCACAACAAAUGCAAAAAUAGCUCUCGUCUGAAUGGACUGAUAAUUUUAUAUCUUCAUGAGACUUUUAUUUAGUAAUAUAAAACUAUUUCAAAUCUUAAAGUGAAGUCAGUGAAAUAAGGUAUGAUGUAAAUGGCAAUUACU